AUGUCGUCUUCGGUGCCAUAUGAUCCAUACAUUCCCCCAGAGGAGACUGGUGGCCCAAACAAGGCCGCAGCUUUGAAAGCAGAAAUUGAUGAUACCGUUGGUAUUAUGAGAGAUAACAUUAACAAGGUGGCUGAACGUGGUGAAAGAUUAACAACUAUCGAAGAUAAAGCUGAUAAUCUUGCAGUGUCAGCUCAAGGUUUUAAAAGAGGUGCAAAUAGGGUUAGGAAACAAAUGUGGUGGAAAGAUUUAAAGAUGAGAUUAUGUUUAUUCUUUGUAUGUAUUAUUUUGAUUGUGGUUAUCGUUGUUCCUAUCGUGGUACACUUCAGUUGA